AAAAAAAAAAACUCAAAACCCUAAAACAUAUUCCAAAAAAAAUCUCAAAACAGCAAAAUUCAUCAUCUCCGCUAAAUCCCUUCUUACAUAUCAGAAUCAAUCAAAUUGAAGCCUCAGUGUUUUCUCAGACAAAUCACACCGGAAAACGCAUGCCUAGUUCGUCGUCCACCGCCAUAACCAGGUUUUAAGGAAUUGCAGUCAUCAUGCUAGGUUCAUUACCUAUACUGCCUCUACCGGCUCCUCCUAUCGAUGGAAAUCUCGGUCCUCUCCCUGAGGCUCAACUCACUCAGGAGGAGGUAGAGGAAAGGAAUGAGAAAUCCAGCGUUGAGGAAGUUGCGCCGACAUCGGUUGCCACACAUACUAGAACUAUUGGAAUAAUUCAUCCCCCUCCGGAUAUUAGAACCAUUGUUGAUAAAACCUCCCAGUUUGUCGCUAAAAAUGGUAUAGAUUUUGAGAAGAGAAUUGUUGCUAAUAAUGCGGGGAAUGCUAAGUUUAAUUUUCUGAAUUCGUCGGAUCCGUAUCAUGCUUAUUAUCAGCAUAGGCUGGCUGAGUUUCGUGCGCAGAAUCAGUCUUCUACUCAACUGCCUGGGGAUUCGGAUUUACCGGAAUCAGCUACACCUGCGCCGGCUACUGAUAGUAAUAGUAAUGAUGUAGUGAUGGCUGAGAAGCCUGAUGUUUCUGCCCAGUUUAGACCGGUAAGGAAAGUACUUGACCCCCCUGAGGCUGAGCAGUAUACAGUUAGGCUUCCUGAAGGAAUUACAGGGGAAGAGCUUGAUAUAAUAAAGCUUACAGCACAAUUUGUGGCGAGAAAUGGGAAAUCGUUUUUGACAGGAUUGACAAGUAGGGAAAUUAAUAAUCCUCAGUUUCAUUUCAUGAAACCAACCCAUAGUAUGUUUACAUUUUUCACUUCCCUUGCCGAUGCGUAUUCAAAGGUUUUGAUGCCUCAGAAGGGUUUGACAGAGAAGUUGAAGAAGAGUGUCCCUGACAUGACAACUGUGCUUGAAAGGUGUGUGAAUAGGUUGGAAUGGGAGCGUUCGCAAGAGCAAGCUAGGCAAAAGGCAGAAGAUGAGAUAGAGCAAGAGAGAAUACAGAUGGCUAUGAUUGAUUGGCAUGAUUUUGUGGUGGUUGAAGCAAUAGAUUUUGCUGACGAGGAGGAUGAAGAAUUACCUCCUCCAAUGACCCUUGAGGAGGUUAUAAGGAGAAGCAAGAUGACGCCUAUGGAAGAAGAUAUCGUUGAGCCAGGAAAGGAAGUAGAAAUGGAAAUGGACGAAGAAGAGGCCCAGCUUGUUGAAGAGGGAAUGAGAGCUGCUAGUUUGGAAGACAAUGAUGAAGUGAAGAAGAAUGAAGUCAGGGUUACUGAAGACCCUGAACCACCAAUGAGGAUUGUGAAGAACUGGAAGAGACCAGAAGACAGGCUUCCUGCAGAUAAAGAUUCAACCAAGUUUGUGGUUUCUCCUAUCACUGGUGAACUGAUUCCUAUUAGUGAAAUGUCAGAGCAUAUGCGAAUUUCUCUCAUUGAUCCCAAGUAUAAAGAACAAAAAGAAAGGAUGUUUGCUAAAAUUCGGGAAACCACUCUGGCACAGGAUGAUGAAAUCUCAAGAAACAUUGUUGGACUUGCUCGGACCCGUCCUGAUAUUUUUGGUACUACUGAGGAAGAGGUUUCCAAUGCCGUCAAAGCUGAAAUUGAGAAGAAAAAUGACGAGCAACCUAAGCAGGUUAUUUGGGAUGGUCACAGUGGUAGUAUCGGCCGUACUGCAAACCAAGCAAUGUCACAGAAUAUUGGGAUGGAGGAUCAAAAUGAUGCUUCUAAUAAUGAAUUUAAAAACCUUCCUGGUCCAGCUGCACCUCCUCCAAGACCUGGUAUGCCUUCAAUUCGUCCUCUUCCGCCACCACCUGGACUAGCUUUAAAUCUACCCCGUGGUCCUAUGAAUAACAUGCAGUAUUCUAAUCCUAACAACAGUGGCCUUCCAAUGCCUCCACCCAGACCACCGGGCAUGCACAUGAUGCAAUCUCUCCGACCAGCUCCCCCUCCUCCAAUGCAAAUGUCCUCUGGACAGCAUCCCAUGAUGGGUGGUCAACCACACCAAAUGCAUCCAUCAAUUCCUAUGAAUAACCAAGGAAUUCCAAUUCCUCCACCACCUGGAUCUCAAUUCACUCCUAUUCCUGUUCCACGACCUUAUGUUCCUCUCUCUCAUCCUCCAUCAGGGAUGCCUAUGAUGCAUCCACCACCUCCCCCUCAAGGAUUACCACCACCGCCGCCACCUGAGGAAGCUCCUCCACCGCUUCCAGAGGAACCAGAACCCAAGAGGCAGAAGCAUGAUGAUUCUGCUCUGAUCCCCGAGGAUAAAUUUCUGGCUCAACAUCCGGGACCUGCUCGCAUCAGUAUAUCUGUUCCUAAUGUUGAUGAAGGAAAUCUCAAAGGACAAGUUCUGGAAAUAACUGUGCAAUCUCUGUCUGAAACUGUUGGUGGCCUGAAAGAAAAAAUUGCUGGGGAGAUCCAACUCCCUGCUAACAAGCAGAAAUUGAGUGGAAAGCCAGGCUUUCUCAAGGACAAUUUGUCACUUGCUCAUUAUAAUCUUAGUGGAGGAGAAACACUCUCUUUAGCAUUGAGAGAGCGUGGUGGUAGAAAGAGAUGAGCAUGUUAUGUGCAUCACUGUUCAAGAAGGUUUUUGUAAUAUUUGCGCUUCCUCAUGAGGCAUAUUGAUUCUUAUACUAUUGAUAGACAUAAUGCCUAUCUGCAUGAGUUUUAUGUUGAAAAUUUUAUAAUUAUUGUACUGUGAUGCAUCUUGAAGUUUUGUUGUUGUCUAAAAGACUGAUGCUAAUUAUGGAAUACAGAUUUUUGCUCCUUGGCGCUUGUCUCUUGAGGGAUAUGGCAAGUAGUGGAGUUCCAAUAUCUAAUCUGAUGAUGCCAAAUUGUUCACAUUUCUAAUUAAUGUUUUAUUUUGCAUUUCAGUUUUCCUUUUCUGAAGUUACUGAUCUGUUUUUUUAUUGUAGCUCCUGACUGUCAGGGUGGGAUCAUUUUUGUUUUUGCUAAUUUCCGUCUUGCAAUUAUGAACAUGAAGUGAUGAUUUAGAGUUUUUUUGCCUUAGGUUUUUUCUUGUAUUGUAUAUGUGAUACAAGAGCACUUUUGACUGUUGGUUAGAAGGCCACUUCUGCCGCCAAUCAAGUCCCUUUUAACUGAUGCAUCUUGUUUGGGGUUUUACUUUUUAGUCAUACAGUUUGUGGAUGGUAUUUAUCCUUAACCUAGAUUAGUGGUUGUGAUGGUUAUUGGUUUUUGAUUUUGCUGUUUUAUCAUAACAGAAAUAAUACAUGGACUUGUGGGAAGGCUGUGCAGCUUAGCCUGAUGUGUCUUUGAAUGGGACAAGGAAGGUAGAAUGGCCUACAAUUAUUUCUAGCUCAAAUCUUAUUGAGAUCAUUUGCUUUUAUGCGUGAGUUUUGUUCUGAUGGCUGUUUGUGCAUGCCGAGUUAUUGUAUAAUGGAGCAGGUUUGGUAUUUUAGUGAAAGCACUAAUUGACAUCUUUGUUUUUUGGGAUAUCAUGAAAUCUUACUGUUGUAAACCCCUUUAUUUAGAUCAUUUAGUUAUAUUGGUGUGUCAGUUAACUUGUUUGAAUUGGUGAAGAUGGAAAUGCGCCUAGUUUGAAAUAUAAUUUUUGCUUUGCUUGAUGAAAAA